UUUUUUUCGUGUGAUCUUCUUCUUCGAUUGCUAGGGUUUCUCUUUCUCUCUCGCUUGGUCUUAUGGAUGCCCUUGAUUCCGUCGUUGAUCCUUUGCGCGAGUUCGCCAAAGACAGUGUCCGCCUUGUCAAGCGCUGCCACAAGCCUGAUCGCAAAGAGUUCACGAAAGUGGCGGUUCGGACGGCGAUCGGAUUCGUGGUGAUGGGGUUCGUAGGGUUCUUCGUUAAGCUCAUCUUCAUCCCCAUUAACAACAUCAUCGUCGGAUCCGGCUAGGUGUAGAACAGACCUUAGGGAUUACCUCAAAUGUUUGCACAACAAGGCACCAGCUUCCUCCAAUGCUUUCCAGAAUAGAGUUCAAUGCCAUCAUUUCUUUCUUCCUCAUGACCUCCCUUCCUAAGACCUUGUACUUUUUUUUUGUACUUAACACUAGGUUUUUGACCUAUUUUACAUAAAGUUCAUGGACAAGGGUGGCUAGUUUCUGUUGUUGAAUGUUUUUCCUUAUUGAUGCAUCAUUUGUGAUUUAGGCCCCA